AUGGAGUACUACAGAGGGGAGAAGAGCCGCUGGGUGAACCAACAUGAUAGGAGCAAAGUACAGAGCAGUAAAGAGGACAAUUAUGUUUUCAUCGAUGAGAAAUAUAAAAAUUAUUUUGACCACAUAAGUGAUAUAUUUGAAGACAAGGUGGAGUACAUACUAAAAAAACAUUUUAAGAAAAACGAACCGACCAAUAAAAAUAAAUUACUCUGUUUAAACGUGUGUGUUUUGUGGCAGAAGAGGUUUUUAGUUUUGUUGAGCAGAAGCCUCAAUGAGUUCGAAGCGUAUAGGAAGAAGCACGAGUUGAAGGAUGACGAGAAGGGACGGCACGUAGGUGAGGGAGGCGGACAGAAACAUCACACUGUUGAAGAGCCAGGGAAGGGUGCAAAUGAAAUUGGUGAAGACGGAAAUGAAAAGGAUGGAAAUAAGCAAUGCACAGAGGAGUUGAAGAGUUUCAUUAAAAAUGUAAAAGUGGUUGACAACCAAAGCAUCGAGGUUGUUUAUGAUGCGAAUGAUUUAAGUGAUGAUGGUAGACCGUGCGCCCAACUGACGACAGACGAAAUUUAUUACCUCUUGGUGGAGUCAAAAAAAAGUGAAAACGAUUUAAAAAAAAAUAUCUUUACAUUUUUGAAAUACCUUCCUCUUUUUAUCAAGUGUAUAGAAAACAAAAGUUUAAUCGAAAAGUCCAUUUUAGAAUCGAAGCUUCUUUUAAAUGAUACCCAUGGGAACAACCCUAAUGAGGAAGAGGUUCCCCACUCAGAUGAAGUACAUGUAAAUGUGAAUCCUUCGCCUCAGGAAAAUUUAUCCCCCAUCGAAAUACAAAACAAGUUAGACGAAAUUGUACAUUUCGAUUGUAAUUUGUCAGAAAAUUUGGAGUCCAUUUUUAAGUCCGGAGUAGGAAUACUAGAUGUGACGAAUGGGAAGAAAUUUUGUACCGGUGGGAUGGAUACUUUGGGUUGUACUCAUGGGGGGGAUGAUGCAGUUAAGGAGAGCAUGAACGGGAUGGAAAAUCGAAAGGAACAAGAUGCUGAGACAAGGGAUGAGUAUUUCCAACAGCAUGCCACCUUUAACAGUUUGGCAGAUGUAUCUAAGAAUUUCUUUAGUAAAAAAAAUAACAGCUCACUUAUUCUACCUCUCUCCAAGAUUAACGAUUUGUCUCUUAUAAAUAACAUCAGCACCAGGUCGAACCAUGAUAUGAAGGAAGAGCACUCAGAAAGUGAAGCUGCAUUUUACAUUUACAAAAACAGCAUGGAUAAACUAAACCUCUACGGGAUGGAUUUACUCAUCAAUUUAAACAAUAAGUUAAUUUACAAAAUUAAUCACAUAUAUAGUCUUAUUCAGUUUUACUCCAUGUUAGCGAAGGAUGUGUUUAAUGAGGGGUAG